ACUACAAGUAGCCGGCCGCAUUCAGCCAUCCGAAACGGCUUUCUCUCUUGUUCUCCAUCAUCUCCCUUUCUUUAUACCAACAAGACAUACCACCACACCACCGCCACCACUACCAACUACCUCGGCUUCACUCACACACGUCACACAAGUCACACAAGUCAUACAAGCACCACCACCACAGACACAAACACAGACACCCCGCACGAGGCAUUACCAUCUACCCCGCUUGAACCCGUUCCUACAAGAACAACUUCAGUCACCAUGAAGUUACUCAACCUCAACGACGGCGUCGAGGCCGGCGUCAUGUGUGUAGAACCCACCCUCACAAACGAUGGCAUGGACGCCCGCAACCUAGCAAAGGCCCACAAGGGUCCCAUUGUCACCCACCUAGAGCAUCUUCCCCGCGGCAUCCACGAGACGCCCGAGGAGAGGAAAAACCACUGGUUCGUCGGCUCCGUCGACCAAGGCACCACCUCUUCCCGCUUCCUUAUCUUCAACGGCGAGGGCGACCCCGUUGCCAGCCACCAGAUUGAGUUUGAGAACCUCUACCCCAAGUCAGGAUGGCAUGAGCACGACCCCAUGACUCUGCUCAACUCGGUCGAGGAGUGCAUUGAAGGUGCCAUGCGCAAGUUCCAACGACUAGGCUUCUCCAAGAACGACAUCCGCUCCAUCGGCAUCACCAACCAGCGCGAAACCACGCUUGUUUGGGACCAUGAAACCGGCGAGCCUCUCUACAAUGCCGUCGUCUGGUCCGAUACUCGCACCAAGUCCCUUGUCCGCGACCUCAAGGCCAAGGACGGCGCCGAUGCCAUCAAGGACUUUUGCGGUCUUCCCCUCUCCACCUAUCCCAGCAGCGUCAAGCUUCUUUGGCUCAUUGAGAAUGUUGAGGCCGUCAAGCAGGCCUACGAAGAAGGUCGUCUUGCCUUCGGCACUGUCGACACUUGGCUCAUCUACAAGCUCAAUGGCGGCGCCCAGGCUGAGAGUCCUGUCCACGUAACAGAUAGCACCAACGCCAGCAGAACCAUGUUCAUGAACAUCCGCACUCUGCAGUAUGACGACAAGUUGCUAGGAUUCUUCGGAAUUGACCGAACCAAGGUGCAUUUGCCCAAGAUCGUCCCCUCGUCGGACCCUGAAUGUUUCGGUCGCAUUGCCAGUGGUGCGCUGUCGGGUGUGCCGAUCGCUGGUUGCUUGGGCGAUCAAUCCAGCGCCCUGGUUGGCCAGUGCGGCUUCAACCCCGGCCAAGCAAAGAACACCUACGGCACUGGCUGCUUCCUGCUCUACAACGUCGGCACCGAGCCCGUCAUCUCGCAGUACGGUCUUCUGUCCACUGUCGCCUACGACUUUGGCCAGGGCCGCGCGCCCGUCUACGCCCUCGAAGGCAGCAUUGCUGUCGCCGGCGCCGGCGUCACCUUCCUCCAGAACAACCUCAACUUCAUUGAGAACGCUAAGCAAAUCAACGACCUUGCCGAGUCGGUGCCCGACAACGGAGGUGUUGUGUUUGUCACCGCCUUCAGCGGCCUGUUCGCCCCUUACUGGAUCGAUGAUGCUAAGGGAACUUUGUUCGGAAUUACUCAACACACCCAAAAGGGACAUAUUGCUCGUGCCACUCUCGAGGCUACCUGCUUCCAGACCAAGGCUAUCCUUGAUGCCAUGGAGAAAGACUCGGGCUGCAAGCUCAAGCUCCUCGCUGUCGAUGGUGGUCUCUCCAACUCCGACCUGACCAUGCAGACCCAGGCUGACAUCAGCGGUAUUCCCGUUGAUCGCCCGGCCAUGUGCGAAACCACCGCUCUUGGCGCUGCCAUUGCUGCCGGCCUCGCUACCGGUGUCUGGAGCGAUACCACCGAGCUCCAGGAAGUUAACCGGACCGGCCGGAAGGUCUUUGAGCCCAAGAUUUCUCGCAAGUGUGCCGAGAAGAGGUUCAAGAAGUGGAACCAGGCUGUUCAGAUGAGCCGCGGCUGGCUGCAAGACAAUGACAACGAAGACGACGAGUGCGACGAGGAGGUGAAGAAGGCCUAAGCCGCACACCUCGCCUUCUCACCCUUUCUACACACCUUCUCUUUCCAGAUCCAUUGUCUCACAAGAUGAUCUUGUACAACAUUUUGCUUGCUUUUAAAACACUGCAUUGGGAUUUUGCGAUGGAGUUUGGGAUGAGCAUUUUUGGGUAUAUUUUUUUUCAUUCUUUUCUCUGUAUAACUUAUCAUGAUUUGGGCUUUUUUUUGCGAGGAGUUAUGGGCGAAAAAGGGCGAAAUGAACAAAGCAACACACGCAUGAAUAAGCGUGAAUGGGACUGCGGGCGGGAAUAAAUGGCUUGAUCUAAUACCUCACGAGGAUACCCUCAUUUAGUUCUUGGAACAUUGGGACUUGGAUGACUAUCAAGUAAUUACAUUAUUAUAUGAAUAUUUAACAAACUGCUCCCC